AUGUCUACCCAGGCCGCAGUCGAAGCCCUCCUCGAGGAGACGGCCCGCGAGGUCGAGAUGAAGGAUGCCGAGCGCACCGCCAGCAGCGAGGUGCGCGACACCGAGAGCCGCCGUGACGAUCGCCAUUCCGACCGCCGUGACCGUCGCGAUAGAAGCCGAGACCGUGGGGACCGUCAUCGUGAGUCUAAUGGAGACCGGCGUCGAAGCCGCGACAGAGACCACCGCCGGAGAGACGGAAGCCGUCCUCGUUCAAGCAAAGGUGCUGACACAGAUGAAGACCGUGAUAGGCCCCGCCGCAGCAGCUCGCGCGACCGCCGUGGAGGUCGUGGAGGCCGUGACCGUGGAGGCGACUUCUAUAGUGGUGGAGGUCGUCCGCGUUCCCGCUCCCCUCGCGAUCGAGGCAACGAUAGGUACCGCGACAGGUCCCGCGACCGCCGCCGCAACGGUGGUGAAGAGCGCCGCAACAGCCGUCGCAACGCCACCCCGCCUGAGCCCGAGGUUACCGAAGACGACCGCGACAAGCGCACCAUCUUCGUCCAGCAGAUCUCUCAGCGCGCUGAGACUCGCCAUUUGCGCACUUUCUUCGAGCGCGUUGGCCCUGUCGUCGAAGCUCAGAUCGUCAAGGACCGAGUUACCGGCCGCUCCAAGGGUGUCGGCUAUGUUGAGUUUAAGGAUGAAGCGUCUGUUCCUCAAGCAUUGGAGCUGACUGGCCAGAAACUCAAGGGUGUUCCCAUCAUCGCCCAGCUUACUGAAGCAGAGAAGAACCGUGCUGCUCGUCCUUCCGAGGGUGGCGCUGCCCCUGGUGCUAACGGCGCUCCGUUCCACCGUCUUUACGUUGGCAACAUUCACUUCAGUGUCACUGAAAAGGAUCUCCAGGAGAUCUUCGAGCCCUUUGGUGAGCUUGAGCAGGUCAUUCUCCAGCGCGAUGAGAUGAACCCUGGCCGUUCCAAGGGAUAUGGUUUCGUUCAGUUCGUUGAUCCUUCGCACGCUAAAAAUGCUCUCGCAGAGAUGAACGGUUUUGAGCUUGCUGGCCGCCAGAUCCGCGUUGGUCUCGGUAACGAUAAGUUCACACCAGAAUCGACCGCCAACCUCCUCCGGACUUUCACACAACAAGCGCAGUCCUACCAAGGUUCCGCUUUCAGUGGUGCUGGUGGCCGUGGCGCCUACGCUGGUGGCUCUGGUGGUGUCUUCGACCGCACCCACAGCAAGGACGACCGUGGCGUUAGCGGUGCCUCUGCUCUUGACGACACCGACGUCGCUGGAGUCAACUACAAGACUUACGACCGCAGCAGGCUCAUGGACGCUCUAGCUCGCCGCGACGCCCCCGACUCCAAGCAGGGCAGUCAGUCUGCUAUGCCUACACCUACCACUCGCAAACCUACUGCACCCACUCCUGCCACUCCCAUGGCUUCCAAGUGCGUCAAGAUUGAGAACGUCUUCGAUGCUGACGAGGAACAGCGCAACUGGGGCGAUAACUGGGUCAAGGACCUUGAGGUCGAGAUCAAGGCUGAGUGCGACAAGAAGUACGGCAAGGUCGUUCACAUUGCAGUUGACGCCAACAGCGAGGGAGACGUCUUCGUCAAGUUUGAUUCAGUCUCCGGGGGUGAGAAGGCUCUCCAAGGUCUUAACGGUCGCACGUUCAACAGCCGCACCAUCCGCGCCUCGUAUGUUGUUGAUAAGAUCUACAACUCCCUGUGGGAUGCUGCUGCGAGCAGGUUCUAA